AAGGACGCAGAGCUUCAGCCCUGUUAAAUCCGCUUUAAUCAUGAUUUCCGUGAAGGAGCGCUGGUGAAGCUGAGAGCUCACUGAGGCAUGAAAUGCUGCCGGCUCUGUGAAGGAAACAGCGCGUAAAGACAUCUGCGCAAAGUUGGCCAUGGCAGCUCUCCGGCGGAAGUUCGGUGAGGACUAUCACCAGGUGGUGAACCCAGCGCGCGGCGGCGCCUUCUCGGCUCCGGUGAAGAAAAAGCGGCAGCGCUUCGUGGAGAAGAACGGCCGCUGUAACGUGCAGCACGGAAACCUGGGCGGCGAGACGAGCCGCUACCUGUCCGACCUCUUCACCACGCUGGUGGACCUGAAGUGGCGCUGGAACCUGUUCAUCUUCAUCCUGACCUACACGGUGGCUUGGCUGGUCAUGGCGUCCAUGUGGUGGCUGAUCGCGUACGUACGCGGCGACAUGGAGCGCGCGCGCGACUCGUCCUACACGCCGUGCGUGGCCAACGUGUACAACUUCCCGUCGGCUUUCCUCUUCUUCAUCGAGACCGAGGCGACCAUCGGCUACGGCUACCGCUACAUCACGGAGAAGUGCCCCGAGGGCAUCAUCCUGUUCCUCUUCCAGUCGCUGCUCGGCUCCAUCGUGGACGCUUUCCUCAUCGGCUGCAUGUUCAUCAAGAUGUCACAGCCGAAAAAACGCGCCGAGACGCUCAUGUUCAGCCAGGACGCCGUGAUCUCUCAGCGCGACGGCAAACUCUGCCUCAUGUUCCGCGUGGGCAACCUGCGGAACAGCCACAUGGUGUCGGCGCAGAUCCGGUGCAAACUCAUCAAGUCUCGUCAGACCCCUGAGGGCGAGUUCUUACCGUUAGACCAGUGUGAGCUGGACGUGGGCUUCGGGACGGGAGCUGAUCAGCUCUUCCUCGUCUCUCCUCUGACCAUCUGCCACGAGAUCAAUCCCAAGAGCCCCUUCUUCGACCUCUCACAGAGAUCGCUCAUGAACGAGCAGUUUGAGAUCGUCGUCAUCUUAGAGGGCAUCGUCGAGACCACCGGUAUGACAUGCCAGGCACGCACCUCCUAUACCGAGGACGAGGUGUUGUGGGGUCACCGCUUCUUGCCUGUCAUGUCUCUGGAGGAGGGCUUUUUCCGUGUGGACUACUCGCAGUUUCACAGUACGUUCGAGGUUCCAACGCCACCCUACAGUGUCAAAGAGCAUGAGGAAAAGGGCUCGCUUCCUUCUCCACUCACCGUGCCACACCGCGAACGCGUCUUCUCUGUCAACUGCUUGGAGCUGGGGGAAGAGCAUCCCAGGCUUGGAGGUAGCUCCUCCUGCAGGCUGCCCAGCAAGCUCCAGAGGAUGAGUUCGUCCGGGAAAGAAGAGCUACCCAAGAAGGUUCUGUGUUUGAGCUCCCAGGCCCCGGAGAAGGCGUCCAGCACGGGUGACUUGCCCCUCAAACUGCAGCGCAUGGGCUCCGGUCCCGGCCAAUCAGACGACUUCCAUCUCAAAGCCCUCAGGGUGGGCUUUGAAUCCAUGACCAUGUCCACCGGCGACCUCCAGCAGAGGAGCCUGACCCCGAUGCCAUCACCUAUCGCCCUGCCACACACUCACGCUCCUCCACACACUCCUCUGCCCUCAGCUGGAUCCAGAAUGGAGGAUAAGCUGCCUCCCAAACUGAGGAGGAUGAACGCUGAUCGCUGA